AUGAGGGCUGCUUGUGAUUGGGCUAUGGCGAAUUCCAAGGGGCCAUCAUGCAUCCGAAACAUGAUGUAUAAUGGAAAACACUCUUUACUUCCUCCUAGAUGUCCAUUCCCUAGCAUUUCACCAUCAUAUGUGGAUUAUGUCCCAACUCCUGCAAUCAGACCGACAGGUAUCCCAAAACCUAGACAGGGGAAUUCACACCACCAACGUACUUCCUCGGAGAGCUUUCUGAUAGAGGAGCAACCUUCUUGGCUGGAUGAACUCCUUAAUGAGCCAGAAACACCUGUACGCAAAGGAGGUCAUCGGCGUUCAUCAAGUGACUCCUUUGCAUACAUAGAUGUUGCUAAUGCUUCUGACUCAGAUUAUGCAGCUCAAGAUGAGCACCAAUCUAGAAAUUUAACUUCUAUGCCUUCAUGGAGAUCUCAAGACGUUGGUUAUGAGGAUGCACAACAUGCUUCGUAUGCAGAGCUGUACUAUUCAGGGAAACAUAAGAAUCAGGCCUGGGAUUCAUCUUUGAUUACGGUUGCACAUCCUAGUGGCCUUCCCUCUGCUAGGGAUAACAUUGUUCAAAACUCGGGAUUAUCAGGUGCUUUACAAGAAGCAGAUGAGGUUCUGUCCGCAGAAAAUGAAAAACAUAAUUCAGUUCAAUCUGGCUUGCAUGAUCCAAAAGUUUGUCAUGAAAGAAAGGAUUCUUUUGGUGCCAAGCUUACUGUAUCUGAAACAGAUACAAAACGUGCCAAGCAGUAAGACAUUCAUUCAUUCUUAUUCUUCUUCCUUGAGGUGGGGAUCUGUCAUUCUUAUAUAUAUAUAUUCCUCAGUACUACUAUCAAAAUUCCACAAACACUUCACAGGCGGCGAUAUAGAUCCUCAGCCGCUGUUUGACUGCAUUUUGCAUGUGUGUUGCUUUGCUGUUCAUAUGUUAGAUAGUUUUCCAUUUUGUGUGCUUGAUUGUCUUUACUGCAAUUUUGACGCAAGUUGUCUGGAGUGGAGCUAUAGAACUAUAUUUAAAUGUUUUGCUGAGUGGUACAGAAUGGAAUCAUCGUUGACAGGAAUAUUGGGUCGUGUUGCAUAUGUAUCGAAAAGUGGGAAUAUGCAACAUGGAAUUCUUUAAGUGGUGAAAAUCAACUUCUGCGAUUAUUCUUUACUUAAUGGUCAUUACAUUGUUUCCAUAAGAAUUUACCAAUUUGAUAUGCAAAUAAUAUGAAUUAGACAACAGGCAUAGGAUUCUUUUUAGAAUAUGUGAAGACAAUAGUGCCAGUAAGAUAUGCUGGUGCAGAUCUGAAUGGUAAAUUGCAAAGUAAUAACUUUCUUUGCUUUAAGCAUAUAUUAGGAAAUGUAGACAGAAAGAGAUGGAAAAGUUCUUAAGGGGCACUAACUCUGGAACUAGGCAAAUUAUGAUGAUGUGUCCUUUUAAUGCCAAAGCAACCAAGUGUAAAGAAUAUGAAGUUGAAAUGCAUUCGAGGACUAAUACAGAAAGAGCUUAAUGGUUUGGACGGUAAGUUAUACUAGUUUCCGCAAUAUGACAGAGGUGUAGUUGUUUUUUUUAUUUCUUGUGAACCUUAGGUCAGUACACAUUGCUUUCAUUUGAAGUGUAUAAAUUGCUGCUUGAGGCACAUAAGAGGACGCCUGUUAUCUUUGUCCUGGCCCUCCUGCCAGGUUGCUCAUGGUUAAGCAUAUUUUCUAAGGUAAGGCAAGGUUGUAGGUUAUUCUAAUUUCUAAUCCCGAGUUUUUGUUAUAGCAACCUGAUAACUUACUUGAAAAUGCUAUCUACUAAUGAGAGAAGUCUUGUGCUGAAAUUUAUCACUUUUUUAUUACCAUAGAGAACUACAUUGAAUGGAAUGGGCACUUGAAGUUACGAUGGAGAGCAUCAUGAAUAAGUUGAUUCCACAUCCAAAAUGGUAUGGGUCAUUGUUUUGGUUUUCAGAAAACUAGAGGAUGUUUUACCUGGAGUGUAUGUCGUUUGGUGUGAAACACAUCAAACUGUCACUGUCUUUUGGGUGAGGAUUGUGAGAUUCAGUUUUCCAAAAUAAAAGAAUACCAUGGGUUGCAAGUAGUUCUUUGAAACACAAAUGACAAGGAUUGUACAAAUAUUUUUUGGAAAUAUUGGGAGCCAGGACUGCAGGAGUAGGAUCUUAGUCAAAUCUGCAGGUCAGGGGGGUCUUAUUUGUAUGAGUUGAUUUCUUUACUAGAUCAUUUGAAUCAGAGAAAGUAAGGCUAGAUGCCAGAUGGUUCAUUGGUUCUUUUGGCUUUGGACUGUGACUGAGAAAUAACGUGACCAAUUUUCCUGUUUUUCCUUUACCUUUCUUCUCCUCUCAACUUCUAAUUGUAAGUGACCUAUAAGUCUUUAGGUAGAGCCCAUCUAGUAUGAUAACUUUGUUUACAUUGAUGCGUUUGAUGGUUAUUUUGAGCUAAGCUGCCCAGAAACUUCUAGCUGCUUGUUUGUAGGGAUUAGACGACUACAAGGCAAUGGGCUUAGUUAAGAAGUAAAAACUACAAUACUAUGUUAUAAGAAGGAGAGAAGAAGAGAAGAAGAUAAAGAGAAAGAAAAAGAAUGAGAGAAGAUGAGAAUAAUUUUUGUAAGCUAUGUUGCUCUAUACUCUUAUUUAUAAUAAAUUGACAUUAUGAAUAAUUACAU